GCUGCCAGAAACAGAAGACGCGAAAACAAAACAAACUUCUUUCCCCAAAUCAAAAAAUUAAACCAUCAAUGAAACCCUUCUCUAAUAACCAGAAAUCCCAGAUGGGUCCCCAAAUUUUCCAACACUUUCCCACCCUUUCCCUCACUUUCUCUCACUUUCUUCUCCUCUCUCUCCUCCUCCUCACCACCACCACCACCACCACCAGCAGCACUGCCACCACCAUCUACGACCACCUCCGCCUCAACGGCCUCCCCACAGGCCUCCUCCCGAAGGGCAUAACCAACUUUUCGGUCUCACCCGCCACCUCGCUCUUCCAAAUCUCCCUCCCAAACCCUUGCAUCGCCAAGAUCGAGAACCAGCUCCUCUACGACCCCAACAUCUCCUUCCACCUCACCCACGCCUACAUCGGCAACCUUUCCGGUGUCUCGGCGCAGGAGCUCUUCCUCUGGUUCCCUGUGAAAGGGAUACGUGUGGAUGUUCCCAGCUCUGGGGUUAUUCACUUCGAUGUGGGCGUGGUCGACAAGCAGUACGCAUUGUCACUUUUUGAGUCCCCUCUUGAUUGCACCGCGGCUGACCCUUUAGACCCCAGUGAUUUUGUCGGUGGCGGUCGCCCGGAUUCGGAGUCUCUGACGGGCGAAUCUGGAAACCUUAGUGAUGAACUUGGUCAGCGUGAUGUACUGAGGGCUGUGUCAUAGAUUUGUGGAGGCAGAUAUGGUUCAAUAUUCAAGUUAGCCCACUCAGCCUAUAAAUAAAUAAACAAAAAAAUAGAAGAAACGUUAGUAUCUGUGUGUUUUUUUUCUUUUGCCUCUCGAGAAUUUGGGAUCUGGUUUCACUAGUCUUAUGCUUAAGGAAUGUGUGCUUCUGCGCUGUGUUGUACAGACUUUUUGGCCUGAUACUUGUGUCUUUAUGAGAAAGAUUACACCGUUUGUUAAAAAAGAGGGAGAAGAGAAGAGGUGAGGUGAGGUGAGGACAGGGGCAUCGGGUAAGGUUCGUUUUCACAAAUGGUAUUCUGUAAAUGUUAUUUGUUGAUAUCAUGUCAGUCUCAUUUGUAGCUCCUGUAUUCACUUCCUGUAAAUUGAGGAAAUGGCAUUGUGUCAUGAUGGUUUUGAUGAAUAAGUAUACUGGAAAACUAUGCUGUUUGUUGUUAUCAUAUUACUUAGUACAGAUGAGUGCUUUAUUGA